CGAGGCGCGGCGGGAGCAAGACAGCGCGGAGAGCGCCGCCUCCGCUCGGGGCGGGGGGGGGGAAAGCGCGGAGAAGACGGGAGGAAGGCAGGGAUCAUGCACGGGGGGAUAGCGGGCUAGGGGCAGGAGGCGGGUGGUCGCCCGGAGACUCCGCACCUCGGGAGUGACGUCCUGCUGCAGUGCCGCUGCCUGCCUACGCUGCCCGAGCUCGUCAAUGGAGCUGGAAAACAUCGUUGCCAACACCGUCUUGUUGAAAGCCAGGGAAGGGGGUGGAGGGAAACGCAAAGGCAAAAGCAAAAAGUGGAAGGAAAUCUUGAAAUUCCCUCACAUUAGCCAAUGUGAAGAUCUCCGAAGAACAAUAGAGAGAGAUUACUGCAGCAUAUGCGAAAAGCAGCCGAUUGGAAGGCUUCUCUUUCGGCAGUUCUGUGAAACUCGACCCGAGCUCGAGUGCUGCAUUAGGUUCCUUGACGCAGUGGAAGAAUAUGAAAUUGCUCCAGAUGAAAAGCUGGGAGAGAAAGGAAAGGAAAUCAUGAUGAAAUACCUCACCCCAGAGUCUCCAGCCUGCGUUCCCGAAGUCAGUCAAGAUCUUAUCCAACAGACAGAGGAGAAACUCGAAAACAGCCCCUGCAAAGAGCUGUUCUCUCACUGUACAAAAUCUGUCCUUGACCACCUCAGUGGGGAACCAUUCCAAGAAUACCUAAACAGCAUGUACUUCGACAGGUUUCUCCAAUGGAAGUGGUUGGAAAGGCAACCAGUAACGAAAAACACGUUUCGGCAGUACAGGGUGCUAGGGAAAGGUGGCUUUGGGGAGGUCUGCGCUUGCCAAGUCCGAGCGACGGGGAAGAUGUACGCCUGCAAGAGAUUAGAGAAGAAGAGAAUAAAAAAGAGGAAAGGCGAAUCCAUGGCACUAAAUGAAAAGCAGAUUUUAGAAAAAGUCAAUAGUCAGUUUGUAGUCAAUUUAGCCUAUGCCUAUGAAACAAAGGAUGCACUGUGUUUAGUUCUGACCAUAAUGAAUGGAGGUGACCUGAAGUUUCAUAUCUACAACAUGGGAAACCCAGGCUUUGAGGAGGAAAGAGCUUUGUUUUACGCAGCAGAGAUUCUUUGUGGCUUAGAAGACCUACACAGAGAAAAUACUGUGUACAGAGAUUUGAAGCCAGAAAAUAUCCUGCUGGAUGAUUAUGGCCAUAUUAGAAUAUCUGAUUUGGGUCUAGCUGUUAAAAUCCCUGAGGGUGAAUCAAUCCGUGGAAGAGUAGGAACAGUAGGGUAUAUGGCUCCAGAAGUGUUGAACAACCAGAGAUACACACUCAGCCCUGACUACUGGGGGCUAGGCUGUCUCAUUUAUGAAAUGAUUGCUGGGCAAUCACCAUUUCGUGGAAGGAAAGAGAAGGUGAAGAGGGAAGAAGUGGACAGAAGAGUGCUGGAGACAGAAGAGGUGUACUCCCAUAAGUUUUCUGAGGAGGCCAAGUCCAUCUGUAAAAUGCUCCUCACCAAAGAUGUGAAGCAGCGGCUGGGAUGUCAAGGGGAAGGUGCAGCAGAAGUGAAGAGACACCCCUUUUUCAAGAGCAUGAAUUUCAAGCGGUUAGAAGCAGGAAUGCUGGAUCCGCCCUUUGUCCCUGAUCCCAGAGCAGUGUACUGCAAGGAUGUCUUAGACAUCGAGCAAUUCUCCACAGUGAAAGGAGUUAACCUGGACCAAACAGAUGAUGAUUUCUAUUCCAAGUUUUCCACAGGAUCAGUGUCUAUUCCAUGGCAAAAUGAGAUGAUAGAAACAGAGUGUUUCAAAGAACUGAAUGUAUUUGGACCAAAUGGUACUAUUUCACCAGACCUAAACAAAAGCUACCCCCCAGAGCCACCCAAGAAGGGAUUGCUACAGAGAAUAUUUAAACGACAGCAUCAGAACAAUUCAAAGAGUUCUCCAAAUUCAAAGGCCAGUUUAAAUCACCACAUAAAUUCAAAUCAUGUAAGUUCAAACUCCACUGGAAGCAGCUAGUUCCAACUCAGUUUUAAGAAACAACACGUUACAUCCUUCCACUAUAAUCUAUGGAGCUUCUAUGGAUGAGAGAGCCUCCACCGUUGAGUGAAAAAAUAUUAUCUCCCCAAAAUGGAGAUUUUCUAUCCAUUCCUUCAGUGGAGCCUCGCAUUUUAAGAAGAAUUUUCCACUCAGGUCUGUUUUUGGAGGUGGCACUCAAGACUGUGUGAAUCAAAUUUGUCUAUUUAGAACAUUGCAAUAGAAAUUCAAUGAACAUGACUACUUGCACGUAUUUAAACAGCAUCAUACUAGAACUGAAUUUUGUCUUUAUUAUUUUUAAAGAAAAGUUUUGUAAAUUUCUCUAUUGUCUCAGUUUACAUUUUGUACAUUUGUAUUUAAAUGAAAGUCAGACUUUGGAGGUGUAUAUUUUCCAAGCAGCAGCUGUAAAGCCAUGUGUUUUAAGACAUUUUUUUAAAAGAAAAAAAAAAUGUGACUCAAGACUUCCAGAGCCUCAAAUGAGAAAUCAUUCUUUUUAGUAAUUCUAGAAAAUUAUUCAUAAAUCACUUUAUCAGACUGGGUUUUACUGACACGCAUUUUUAUGGAACAGUUUAUUCUUAAUUAUUUUACAUCUGUAUAUUUGGUUUACAGCAACACUGCAUACAUUUCUCCUCUUCAUUAGUUUGUAAUGUCUCGCAUUAAAUGCUAAAAGACAAGAUUUUGAUGCAUUCAAGAAUGCUACUUGCUAUGCCUAAGGUUUGUGAUGUCAUGGGGCCAGCACAGCUGAGAUUUGCACUUACAUUGUUAGCUCAUCAAAAACCUUUUGGUUAGAAAGGGAACCCUAUUUUAAGCCCUUCUCCUUCACUAGUUUUUGUGCCAUUUCUAAUGACAGCAAGAACAAAACUGAGUGAGAGGUGACCAGGAAAGCAAGUGACCAUUUGUUUUCCAAGGACUUGAAACCUGCACUUGCUGAAAUGAGAGUAAAACUCAAAGUGUUCUCCAUGGUGCAGUCAAAAGUCCGAGGCCUUUCCAUAGUUGCUCAUAUCAAAACAGGUAGCAAGAGAGAAACUCAGUAGUCUGGUUUGUGCUGACCAUGAAUUCAUGCCAGCUUUCUAGAGCUGAGCUGUGGAGGUUCAGAGUGGGAUCUGAGCUGCUUUUGAGCAGUAGCAGAACCCGUAGGUUGUGUCUGCACUUGAGAGUUCUUCCACGUGUCAUGCCGAACACACCAUGACUCGUCCCCUCAGUUAGGUCCUCAACUUAAUUGAAGAAAAUCAGUUAUGAAAUAAUACCUCCCACUUUUGGUUCCAUCAUUCUUUGUCCAGGAUCCUUUAACCAUUGACAAAAACAUUGUUCCCACUAGUAUAAACAGAAUCAGUCAGGAUCAGUAGCAGUACCUCAGGUAUCAGAAUCAUGCUCUUCUCAAAUAUGCCGCUAUCUAUUAUUACUAAGAACACCAGAUCAAAAAUAUGGUUACUGCUCUUCAACAGGAAUUAGAAAACGUCUGUCCCCUAAGUGCAGGCAGAAUCUCCAUAGCCCACUGUGUUCUGUAAAACAGGUUGGUUCGCUGUGCUCUUUACUGUGUCAUCUAGAGUAGACUGGUGAUUUGACACCUUUGGGUCAUCAGGAACAUCUGAAGGUCAGCCUGGUGUGUCUAAAACCCUGUUGGCUAGUAGUGCAGUUAUCCCAGGGUACAAGGAAGCACUAUUCCAGCGGAAGUCUUCGUAGCCAAAGUUAAUUAAACUGUCAUGUAUGUGUUCUCUCUGGCCAAUGCAGAAGGGAAAAAAGAUGGGGUUAGUAGUGACAAAGCUUUGAGUGAGAAAGUCACAGGAAUGACAUACUUGAGGUUAUGAGGGAGAGAGACAGAACAGGCCAGAGCUGGCAUAAAGCAGCUGACAGAGAAAGGUCAAGAAAGGGAGAUUGGGCUUUGGCACCUUUAUCAAGAGUAAAGUAUGUUAAGAUGCAAGCCUCCAGUUUUCCUGAUCCCUAGCAGACAUCUAGUGAAGCUGUGUAAGUGUGCCAUAAUGUCACCAAGAAGUUCUUCCUCUUUUUCCUUCACAUCAGUGUGGCCCAGAAAUUCCUUUUGCCUGUAGUGGUGGUGCUCGGGGAGAGCUUCAACCACUCUCCCAUGUCAGAUGAUGGCAUUGCAGAUCUUACGGAAGAUGCAAGAUUUUAGACAGUAAUAGAUGAGAAUUUUAAGUAAUUUUCUCUGUGUGUAUCAGCUACAAACUAAAUCUGUAAUGGUUUCAGCUUCCUGACAGGAGGGGAAUGAAAUAUUGUAGAGGCGAAAGCCACUAUGCACAGAUGGGACUGUUACCUCCAGUUCUGUUCUCAUGGCCUGAUGUAAAGCUGCCUAAGUCAACAGGAAUCUGAUCAGUCACUUGAGCACGCUCUGGAUGAAGACAUACUUGCUCUAGGAGAUUUUCACAUGUGGGAUUUCACCUGAUUUCAAGAAAUGUAGGUGAGAAGUGGAGGAACAGAUCUUAGCCAGACAACUGAUGUAUAUCAGUGUACCUCAGACAAGACAAGACACACAUCUUAGUUCUUCUUGGAGAACUGCAGAUUUUGUGCAUUUCUGAUCUGUUUCUGUCGCUCUUAAGACAUCACCUUCUAGCAGUAUGGUAUACCAUACGCUUCUGCAGCCUCAGUUGAUUUCAUCCUGUGCACUGAUGCUAGGGGAAGGGGGUGCUGGCUGGGGGCUAGAGAGAAAGACUAAGCUCUUUUAUUCCACUACUGCCAUUAUCUCACUUUGCAGCAAGAGACAAGCAUCAGAAAAAUGUGGCUGAUACUAUCUACCUACCACCAUGAGAAAGGAAAAAAGACGGUUGGGGAAAGCUUAGUCCAUUACUAUUUCAUUGGAUAAAUCUGAUGAAGCUGCAGUUAUUGGCCCAAGGUCUUCAUCUCCUACAUGUUACCAGUUUGGCACACAAAGACUACAUUUUCUUUCUGUACCAGUUCCCACUUGGGAAAUAAAAUCCUAAUAACAACAAACCCCUUCCUGAAAGUUGGUGAACAAAUUGCAAAUAGGUUGUAGAUGGUCUUAUACCUUUUAGAUGCUAUCAGCCUUAACUAGUGGUGGAUGACUUUUUUAUACGACAACAGUGAAUGACAGCAAAUGUGCCUUCUCCUGCUCUCCUUUCAGCUGGGGCAGUUCCUUACUCGGCACCUCUAGGACUCUAGCAGCAGAGACACGGGGACAGUGCGAAGUCCUCGGAUGGUGAGAGAGGCAUUCAUUGAGUCCUGAUGCUUGGAGGACAUUAUGCUAGGGUUAGAUAUCCUGAAUCCUCAAGAUGGUAUGGAGGAAGGAUGCUUACAUGCACUUCAAGCCUGGGAUGAAGUCCCUCGGGAUCCCAGCCCCUUGGGAGCAGUCAGUGAGUAAGGGGAGAGACAGAAAACAAAACCAGUUGAGGGGAUUUCAUGCCACAUCCCUCAAGUGUUGCUGUCCUGUCUGACAAACUUUAAACAGCAGCAGAGGCAGCAGAAUUGUUGUACUCUUUCAGUAUCCAAGCCCUGAAAGACUCAAUCAGUAUCAUAUGUUACGAGUGAUAAUGAAGUCCUAGGAAUCUUCUAGUCGGGAUUUGCCUACAACAACAAAACCUGCAGGAUUUUCUUUUUCAUUACUCCUUUCUUUCUCUCUCUUUUUUUUUUUUUUUUUUUAAAUUAUCUAGUUCACCUUGUACCCAAGGGCCACGGUCCUCUCACUUCCACUGUGUGACCAGGUGCAAUCUGAGCCUAGACACUUGGCAUCUGGCUUCGUGGACCCAAAUUCAAAAAACACUGGGAGUUGUGGUUGUGCAGGAGCUCUGGGGAAAAAAAAAAAAAAAAAGACUUGUAGUUUCAUCAUACAACCUUGGAGAGCAUUUGCAAUGGGAUUUUUAGUAUUUUGGUUCAAAGUGAAUAGUUUUUCAGGCAGGUUUGCACAUAACAAAGGAUCAGAAAGGAGUAAUUAUUGAAUAGCUUUCCAGACUGAUACAUUUUCUGUACCUCCUUUCCGAUUGCAAUACAAAUUCUUUCAAAAAAAUGCAUACAUUCGGAUCUGGUUGCUUGUUUUAUCAGACAGAUGAGCAAACUUAGCUCUUUUUAAGAAUCAGAAGUCUUUUGCAAUCUGAUCCGGAAUUAUGCAAGCAUGUUUUUUAUUUUAAAAUCUUUACUGAGUAGUCUGAUGAACACUAAUUAGUUUAUGGGUUUUUAUGAUUCAGAUGUUUGCUAUUCAUUUUCUACAGUGUCUCAUCAUUCAUUUAAGUCUCGUAGCAUUUUUUCCCACUCUCUGGUUGGAUGAGAGGUUUUUUUAAACAAAGGCACAAUGAAGGAAAAAAAUAACAAAUAAUGAACUCUUACGUGUGCAUUCUUGGCCUGGAUUGUCUAAAGAGAGAUAUUUUUUUUACAAGAAUGACCAUGACCCAGUUGUGUUUCCGAACAAAAACCUGCUUGUGAAGCUUGGAAAGGUGUGAAGAUAAUCAAAGCAAACAGGUACUGGAGAUCAAACUGAGCGUUAGGGAGCUGCAGAAUUCAAUAUCGCAGCAUUCGUCUGGCCCUACUGAUCAGGGGUGCCCGGUAACUGGCAGUUUGGAGGCAAUACCAGCUAUCCGUAAGAACAGUUUGGUACCGUCUCAGUUUGCAGUCAUCCCCCUCCCCCAGAAGCUGUGGCUAACAGUGCCAUCAGCAGCUGGGAAUCAGACUUGGCUGACCCACUGAAGCAUCUGAUUUGAAGACACUGACUCUUGACGUUGUUCAACCAGACCUCAUGAUCCAGUUUGAAUUCUUUGCUUCAUCUGUCAAAGCCUCCCAUUUCAAAUCUGGUUGCUGUUGAUCUUUUAAAGUUGCUUCAGCUAAAAAGAAAACCAGAAAAUCAAUCUGUGAUACUGACAAAACCAUGGGCAGGACAUGGAAGACGGAGAAGCUGAGAGCUCUGGAGGACAGUGUGAAAACUACCACAGUGUGUGAAUCUUCAGCAAGUGUCAAAUGGCAGCUAUUAUCACACAUCGCUGCGCAUUAUUCCUUGGUUCAUCGUAUGUUGCUCACAGUUUUUUGAGUAACCUUGAAAUUGCCCACACAAGGUCAUAUUAAGCAUAGGGUCUGGCCCGUGGCUCAAAGACACGAUUGCUGUGAGAGUCAGGUGUAACAGUUUGACGAGGCACGUGGGUAUCCACUCAGCCUGCAUGAACAGCCAUCGCACAGCUCUGUUGCCAUGUAUCCGAGCCUCGGUCAGGACUUCCCUAUGUAGACUUUUCUGCAAGAGCAAUAAAUGCACACCCUUAUAGCACAGCUGCUUCAUCUUAUGGACAUCCAUGGAACGGCUGGCUGCAAGACCUGACUUCAUUGUGGACAAGAUAUAGGUGUUUUAACUUCUCCUCCACAGUUGUGAUUUUUUUUUUUUUCAGUUCAGAUUUGUGAUACUCACUUGUUAAAUAUCUCAGUGCAGAUGAGAUCAUCCAUCAGGCAUUUCUAGGCAUUUCUCGUACAAUCUUUGAAAAGACUGGCCUUCACUUUGAAAGCACAUCCUUGGGUUCAUCUGCCCUUUGGGAUGUAGACCAUCUUCCUUCGUGUGUGUAGCAUGAAGCACAAAGUAGCCUGCGGAGCUCUAGAAGUCCAGUCUAAAAUUGAUAAUACUGAGGUAAUAGGUGCCAACUUCAUAAAACUCCACUUUUUGUCUUGCCCUGCAACAAAGAGGUCCAGUGAUGGAUGUAACAGGACACAGAGACUUAAAGGCUCUUCUGCCCAAGGAUGGUCCUGGCCUGUCUUGGCUGCGGGGAGGUACGUUUGGCAGUGAAGUUUGGGAGAAUCAGUCUGCUCAGUGGCUCCGUGGAAGACAGAAGGUUCCAGAGUUGUCUAUGGCAAAGCCUUCCACAGAUACGACCUGCAAUUUAAAUACUACUAAUUUUUUAGAGUAAGGGUAAUAAUGACUGACACCCUCCUGCCAAAGCUGAGCGAAAGACUGCAUAAGUUUAAAACAAUUCUUCGCUUCUGUGUGCUGGGCAGGACACAAUCUCUUUUUAUACUAAAUAAUAUUGUUUAUGCAGUGCUGGCUGGUAAGAACUUUCUGUCCUUAACUGCAAAAAGAAAAGAGAAAGAAAUUGGCUGAGAGAAUUUUGCGAAUUAUUUCCUUUAGGGAAACCACCAAAGAAGGUGAAAGCCAACAGUAUGCUACAGUUAUUGUACGCUCACCUCCCCCAAACGUCGCUGUGAUAAUACAAAUACAAGCUGCUGCAGUUGGCUCAGCUAAGCUAGUGUACUGACAAACGGGCUUUAUGAAAGAAACAAUUUGCAACAGAUUGCUGCCUAUUCACUAAAAUGAAUAUUACUGCUGGCGCAAAUGUAUUCUCCUUGGUUUGGGUGCUGGAGCCAGAAGUGGUGGUUUCUAUUCCUGUUCUGCCCGUGUUUUUCUUCACUGCCCUGGGCAAACCUCUGGGCGAUUUUGUUUUCCCGUUCUUAAACAUGGAGGGAUGCUCUCUGUCUAUCAAAAGGAAGCACUUUGGAGUCUGUGCAUAAAAUA